AUGUUUGGCUGGAGUAGCGCAAUGGGCGUCCCCCCGGUGGUCGCAGAACCUGACGCCGAACGCCAACCCCCAACCGCUCCCACCCCGCUGGACUUCCCCGCCCACCGUCCUUCCUACAAUCCAGAUCCCGAUGCGGAGCUCCACGUCAAGGAUAUCUACCAAGCCCUAGCCUCCAUCCGACGGCCCCAAGACAUCACCCCCGAGCGCUUCCAGCCUUUCAACGUCUCGGUGGAGCCGGACGUCCCGACCGCCGACAUCACCGGCCGCGUCGUAUCACAACCCCCCUUGCCCUGGACCCCAGAGGCCGCUGACCCCGCCAGCCGCUGCCUCCCCGAUGGAUCCCCGAUCCUCAUGGACAACGGGAACCCCUACCCGCCCAAGGAUAGAUACGAUGUGCUGGAAAAGGAGUUGAUGUAUGACAACGAUGAUGCCUUCCGCGAGGUGUCCCGGAUGGAGCCGCGCGACAGUCGGGAACGGGUGCGCGUCACCCAGACCAGGAAGUUCUGGAUUGGCCUGGAACACAUGUCCCAUUACUGGGAUACCAGUCUGGAUGAAUACAUCGAGCGCCCCGCCACGCCCAAGGACGACGUCGCGGAUCCGAUGCAGACGGAACCAGACGCCCCGCAGACGGCCAUGGAGGUUGACGCGUCGUCGGCCGCCACCACCGUCAACAGCAACGGAGACGGGGGCCCCGCGCCCCAAGAAAACGGACCCAAGACCGUCAAGAAGUACAAGGGCCGUCGCACGGGGGCCGGACACGAGAUGCCCGAGGAAAUCCGUGACGAGACCGUGCGCGCGCUGACGGAGAUGGCCGCCUGGCCAUUCGGAUGCCAAGUGGCGCUGCCCAUGAUGCCGCCCCGGUUAGCAACCAAAGCGCUGUUGUUUCCCGUCCGACAGACCUUUGGCGCCGCCCGAUCGCCCAAGGACCGGCAGCUCGCCCGCAGCGGCGUCAUGGAGGGACCGGUGUUUACCGCGCAGUGCCGUCCCGACACGGCGUUCCGCGGGCCGCAGGAGGCAUACGGCACAGGCACCGCCGAAGUCUGCGAUCUGUUCCGCGAGAUUGGAGGCAUGCUGCUGGCGGCGCAGGAACGCGGCCGCGAGGGCCUGACCGACGUGCGCCCCGGCGAGGGGCAGUGGUGGACGACGGUGCCCCGGUGGGGUGGUGCGGUCAACGAUGCGGUGGGCGAUAGCGCAAAGGCCCAGUGCAGCAGCAGCGAAGAGUCCAAGACGCCCGACCCGGGGAACGCGCGUAAACGCUCCAAGUUUGAACAUCCUUUCGUGGCGACCGGUCGGAGCCGCACCGCCCGGAAGCUCAGCAACGCCGAGCGGUGGAAGGUGGUCCAGCCGGGUCCGAGUCUGUGGGAUCGGCGGAUGCGGUAUAUCCAGAUUGGAAAGGAGCCGGAAAGUCCUUUCGACGAUAUAUACAUGCUCUCAUCCAUCAACCACCACGUCGCCAUCCUCCACCUCCGCGUCCACCGCCGCUACCUGGAAAUCCUAACAUCAGGCGAGAGCAACUUCCCGCCCGAGUCAGACACACCGGACCAGCCGUGGUACGCGCUGAAACUGCGCCGCACCAAGUGGCACGAUCUGUUCAACGCGCAGGAGCGCGUCGAGGCACUGCACGGUAUCUGGACCAUUUUCCACCAGCUUUUGCGGCAGACGAAUUGA